CCCCCCGCCCCAGAAAAAGAAGUUAAAGAAGAGCUGAAGACCCAUCCCACUUCCUCCACUCCUCUCGCCCUCUCUCAAGUCUCAAGAAAGAAAGAAAGAAAGAGGAGGAGAAGAAAAGAUGAGCAAAUCACCGAUAUUCCCAAUGCCUGAGCCCCAGCACUACAGCGACUACGGCUUCGAUCCCCAGAUCGACUACUUCCAGGUGUUGGAGGAGGCGAGGAGGCACAGGAAGCGGAGCGAGGUGCGGUCGCUGGACGCGCUCCACUUCAAGCUCCAGAAGCCCAUCUCGAAGGACGACGCCACGGCCCGCAAGAAGCGCCGCAGGUGGUGGAAAUCCGCCCUCCUCUUCUGGAAGCGCGCCAAGGCCGGCGGCGACGACCACUGCGAUGCCGGAUCAGCUUACGGCCCGAAGGUCUCCUCCCCGUGCAUCUCGCAUCCUUACCGGGCGGUGUCCGGACCACUGUACGCGACGGAGAGCGCGAGGUCCAGCACCCCUUGCCGCACCAGCCGGCCCAGCUCCGGGCCGCUGGCGGCGGCGGAGGUCGGGGCGGCGGGGAUCCCCUAUCUCAGCCUCCGGGAUCUCAACCUCGUCGACGGCGCCCGGGUCUCCGCCUCCGCAGCCCCGACGCCGAUUCCCAUCUACCUCGUUACUUGAGUCCCGGCACCGCUUCAUCCCCUCCUCUCUAGUAUCUUUUUAGCUCUUUUUAUUUCUUCUCUCUUUUGUUUCUUAGUGGGUCACGGUUUGAUCUCCUCGUAAUUGGGUUUUGUUUAAAAGUGGAAAGGCGAAAAGGGGAGCCUUUUGCCCUUCAAUUUUCUGA